AUGUCGGUGUACGAGGACACGAAGACCCUGACCGACGGCUACUACUGCCGCCCUCUCGGAGAGUGCGUGGUCACCCCCGUUCUCCCGCAGGGUAACACCGAGGCGUUCCUAGAGGUCACUACUGACGCGUCUGCGCUUGACAACCCCCUCGUGCACUGGAUCGAUUUUGUCACCGGCCACGCCGAUGCGAUCCCAGAUGACUUGGAGGUGAAGUACAGGGAGGCUUCGAAGAACAACACUUGGCACGACUUGCCGCUCCCGUUCAGCUUCAAGGAGCCUCUGCCAGCGGACUCCCAGAUGCAGAUGUGCAUCUUGGACCCAGGGAACGGCACGAAGUCAAUCAUCAAGCACGUCGUGCUCGGACCCAAGACCAAGAUGAAAUUCCAAGUGUUCUCGAAGCUCGCAGUCGGCAGCGUCCGCAAGCUAGUCUUCCAGCACCCAAAGAUCGGCGUUCGCGCGUUUCAAUACAUAUUCGAGCACAUGGGCGGCAAGCAAUUUCGCCAGUUCCACCUGUCCCCCGAGGUGAAACAGACGAGCAAAGUCGACACGUUCUACGAGAUGAGCGACGAGGAUAUCGACGCUGGGUUCACAUACAUCAUCAAGAACGCGCCGCGGACGACCUCCGAGUGCGCCCAGCUGGUGUGGCAGACGAAGGCGCUCAAGCAGGGUGCGCCGCUGCACGGCUGGCCGAUUGCGUUGGUGGACAAAGCGCUGCGGAACGUGCUGGCCGAGGGGGUCCUUGCCAAGAAGGAAUGCCAGCGCAACCUGUUCCUUUGCGAGAAGCAUGUCAAGCCCUGGUUCCUGAACAUCCUGAAGGAGUGCAUCGACCCGCUGACGUCGCUCGCCCUCGUAGGCGAGCCAAACUGCGGGAAGACCCCCUUGGGCAAGGCGUACUUGUUCGCCAUGUGCGACCGCAACGCAAGGGUGCACGGGCUUGACCAGGACAAGGUGCGCAUCAGGGUGACACCUGAGAUCGACUUCCUUCGCGGGGAGCAAGGCGCCCUCACCAUGGGCGAUUUCGUCGACGACGGCUGCCUCAACCAGCUGCCAGCGAAGAUGGUGAAGGCGCUCGUGGAUGUGGGGCAAUUCGAAAGCAUGUGCUGGGCGAGGUGGGGUGCCACGAAGUGGGUCAAAGGGGAGCCCCGUGCCGUUGCUGACCAGACGUACGACGACCGCGCGGUCAAGGACGACGUCUGGCCACACGCCAAGUUCCAGGAGUUCUUCGACAUGCUCCGCCCCACGCUCCACGAGAAGAUGACGCCCGCGUGCAUCCUGGCCGUCUUCAAGAGGGCGGCGUUCAUCGUCAACACCAAGAAAUGGGUUUACUGGCGGCCCGCGGGGACGCAGGAGGACGACGUGCAGCGGAAGAACAUCGAGGGCAUGGGCGAGUACCUCACAGCAGAGGGGAAGGCCUUGUACGGAGCGUCCAAGAACGGCGACACGACCCCUCCUGCUGAUUGGCAGAACCUCCUGCAGCAGGAGAGGAAUUUCAUCGACUCCGCCGUGCAAGCGGCGCAGGCGAGGCGCGUGUCCGACGCGCAGGCAGCCCCCGUCGUGCGCGUCAAGAGGGAGCAUGUAUCGCAUGACACUCGCAAGUUCAGGCGCCUCCUCGGGCCCAGCAGCGCCUGCCUCGACCUCUGCCCCCCGUCCCCAGCCAAAGCCGAGGAGCCAGACAUGCCGCUCGCGCAGGCCUUGGAGGAAGCGCUCGAAGGGGAUGAGGCGGAGGCCCUGGCCACCCUGGGCGGCGGCAUGGAUAACGAGGAUGAGGUGUGA